UGUCAACAGUGUUGAUUUUUGCAGAGAUGGAGCGUCGGUUGAGAUGAAAAUGUUAUUAAUUCAGUAUUAUUAGAUAUCAAGAAAUAAUUUAAAGGUCCACACAUAAUAAACAAAGUAACAUAACUAGUAUAGUAUAGUAAAAGUGUCUAGAGCGUGUGCAUCUUUAAUGUUUAAAUAACCGAAACACUAUAAGAACCAAUGAGUAAUCUAACAGAAGAUUCAGCUAAAAAGAUGGAUACAGCAUCGUCAAUACAUAGUACAUCAAACUCAAAUUAUUCAGAAUAUGAAGAUGCCACCAUGAAUAGUUUAACGACAGAAGUGUUAGAAACAGCCAUAAAUAAAAACAAAUGCACCUUAACAUUAACAACUUACCAUCCCCUAAUGGGUCUUGCUAGUCCAGAAGAGAAAAAAGAUGAGAAACACGAUGAUAGUCUAUCAAGCAUAGAGACAGAUAAAACUGAUGAUAGCCUAUAUUCACCACAAAAAAAUAGUUCAGAUAGUUUGUAUAUGUCAGCGGAUUUAAAUAUGUGCAACAGUUUGUUGAAUGGUUUAAAGAGGAGUAAAAUUAAACCAAACAUGUCACUGAAGACUCCAGACAAUGUUAUUUACAAUUUUGAGAGUAGGAUUGUAAAACGGAGUACACCAAAGGUGGAAGAGGAACGUUUUUCAGAGGCAAGGGUAUGGUGUGAUUCACUCUCAAAUGUUCAGCCAAAUUUCGAUUUACCAAUGGAAAUGUCGAGUGGAAUCAAUCAUGUUCAGAAUGAUCACAAUUCAGAAAUAUGGAGUAACGACAAGUCAUAUGUUGCUCUAAUGGAUGUGUAUUCGGGGUCCGUAGCCCUUAGAUCGGCGGUGUUUAAACCCCAACCGAAGCGAAAAAUACGAAUUCCGGCAGUGGAUGACACGUGCAGUAUCGAAAGUGAUUGUUCCAUAGAAUCUGAACCGGCUAAAGAUAUCGUUUACCCGCCAAGCGAAGAUGAGGGACAGCGAUCCAAGUCCACAGCAACCGCCAGUGAGUGUAGUGAUCAAAUACCAGAGUAUUCGGCCAGUGAAGAAUAUCGGGAUGAGAGGUCGUGGCUCCAUGUGCAGCAUAGUGGGGUCAAUGCUAAUUGUGAUAUGAAGGUUAUCGAACCGUUCAAACGCGUUAUAUCACAUGGGGGUUACAGCGCCGACGGCGCAGCGAUAAUUGUGUUCAGCGCAUGCUUUUUACCAGACAAUGCAAGACCAGAUUACAGAUAUGUUAUGGAUAAUUUAUUUUUGUACGUGAUAUGGAGUUUGGAACGCCUGGUAACCGAUGAAUAUAUACUGGUGUACCUCCACGGAAGUGCUGGCAAACGCCGGAUGCCCACGUACGCCUGGCUGCACGAGUGCUACAAACUGAUCGACAUACGUUUACGGAAAAAUCUGAAACAUCUUUAUCUCGUGCACCCAACGUUUUGGUUGAAGUCAUUCGUCGUUAUAACUAAGUUGUUCGUUAGCUCAAAGUUCUUUCACAAGUUGAACUAUGUUAAGUCUCUGGAUGAGUUGUUCAGCAAAGUGCCCGUCGAGCCCAACGCAAUACCCGAGAGAGUCAAACAGUUUGACAUACAUUGUAGAUAGAUGUGAAAUCUUCAAUUUUGUCACUAGAUGGCGCGAAAAUGAAUUUGUGUGUCUUGCUAAACAUGUUUCUGUCUCAAAAUGGCGCUUAAAUGUGAAAAAAGUGUGUUAUUAUGAUGUUUGAAAGAAUUUGUGUUACGAUGCCGCUUAAAUUAUUUUUUUGUGUAAAUGCCAAAUGAAUCUCUGUCUUAAGACGACGCUUAAAUGCAUUUGUGUCUCGUUAUGGCGCGAAUAUAAUAUGUGCUGAAGUAUCAUUCAUCGUUUGUAUUAGAACGCUCUUGAUAUCAUUACUUUUUGUAUAUCUUUUUUUACCUUUACUUGUAUUUAGUUACAAUCAAUUAUUUUUUUCAGUAGUUUUUGUAAUAUUCCAAAGUAACUUUCUUAAUUUUUCUUUUAAUCUCAGUACGGCUUUCCAUACAAUUUGUAUAGUUUAAAUGGUUUUAUUAUCAAGGCGUCUUAUAAAAAAUCGUAUUAAGUAUUAAACGAAACAUGAGGGUAGUGUCAAAAAAUGAAUUGAGAAGGUAGAUACAAACUUAAACAAACAUCAUAUAAUGUAAGUUUCUUUUGACCACGAGAUGGCGUUAAUUUAAAAAUCUAUUUUUAAACAAAUAUUUUUACGCAUAUUUUAGAGUAUUUUAGUAGUGUGUUGCCAUAUAAAAUUUAUUUUUAGUCAAAUUUAUUGUUUAAUCCUUGCCAGUACGGAGGAAUAAUGUUAAACCACCGCCGUAAGUGGUUAGUACUUGUGUUUGUUAAAGAGUGGUUGAGUCUAUAGCGGAGGAGUCGAAUGUGUAGCGGAAGGGUUGAGCCAGUAGUUGAGUGGUUGAAUUUGACU